AUGAAAUCGAUGGCGGUUGCACUUCCGCACUCAAUCCUCCUCUGCUUCGCUAUCACCGUUUGUGCCACGGAGCACUGUGAAGAGGAGCACAGCACAUUUCAGCUGCUGCAAGUGAGCCAGGCCCUCGACGUCCCCGCAGAGCGUGUAGAAGCUCAGCGGGAAGAUGUCGCACAGGGCUUCUUCCAUGCCGUCGGCUCGGCAGAAGCAGCAGCCGUCCUGCAGCCGGGGCUCAUCGCCGAGCGCACCUUCGAGGAGGUCUUCGUCACAGCCUCCUCGAAGCAGCAGCAGCCGGUGGCACUGACCCAGAAGAGCGCCGAAGCUGCCGUGGGAACGGAGACCAUCUGCAUCAUCGUGGGCGCCGUCCUCCUGGCGGUUCUGGUUUGCCUGAUCUUCUGCUGCUUCCGCCCCGCUGUGUCCUACGAAGAGGCGAGCAAGGAGGGCCAGGGCCAAUUCAUCCCCGCGGGCGCCGCAGCGCUCCAGCGGCCCGGACCCUCAGAGCUUUGGGGAUGCCGCAGACGGACCGGAAGGGAUCGUCCAGUAGAAGGACUUGUAUUGUAG